GGCGGGGGCUCCCCGGCGCCGUAGGGCCCGGUAAGCGACGACAGCAGCCGCCAGGUCCCCGGCCACGAAGAGCAGCUUCCCGAAGACCUCGGUGAGGAACACGUUGGGCGUCAGCAGCCAGGCCAGGAGCGGCGUGUAGCGUGCAGCAUCCAAAAGCGGAUCAAAUUUGUGGGACAUGGCACAAGGAAAUAAUUAUGGGCAAAGCAGCAAUGGGGUGGCUGAUGAAUCCCCAAACAUGCUGGUGUACAGAAAGAUGGAAGAUGUCAUAGCCCGCAUGCAAGAUGAGAAAAAUGGGAUUCCUAUUCGGACAGUGAAAAGUUUUCUUUCCAAGAUUCCCAGUGUCUUUUCUGGUUCAGAUAUUGUUCAAUGGUUAACGAAGAACUUAUCGAUAGAAGACCCAGUUGAAGCUCUGCAUUUGGGAACUCUGAUGGCAGCACAUGGCUAUUUCUUCCCAAUCUCAGACCAUGUUCUAACACUGAAGGAUGAUGGCACCUUUUAUCGAUUCCAGACACCCUAUUUUUGGCCAUCAAAUUGUUGGGAGCCGGAAAACACAGACUAUGCUGUUUACCUCUGCAAGCGGACAAUGCAAAACAAAGCAAGGCUAGAACUAGCAGACUAUGAAGCUGAGAGUUUGGCCAGGCUACAGCGAGCCUUUGCGCGGAAAUGGGAGUUUAUUUUUAUGCAAGCUGAAGCACAAGCAAAGGUUGACAAGAAGAGAGACAAGAUAGAGAGGAAGAUUCUUGACAGUCAGGAGCGAGCAUUUUGGGAUGUGCACCGCCCGGUGCCUGGCUGUGUAAACACUACUGAAGUGGAUAUAAAAAAAUCUUCAAGAAUGAGAAAUCCACAUAAAACAAGAAAGUCUGUCUAUGGCUUACAAAAUGACAUUCGAAGUCACAGCCCUACGCACACGCCAGUGCCAGAGACUAAGCCACCCACAGAAGAUGAACUACACCAAGAGAUUAAGCACUGGCAAAUGCAAUUAGACAGGCAUAGAUUAAAAAUGUCAAAAGUUGCAGAGAGUCUAUUAGCUUAUACAGAGCAGUAUUUGGAAUAUGAUCCUUUUCUUGUGCCCCCUGAUCCCUCAAACCCUUGGAUAUCAGAUGACACCACUUUCUGGGAACUGGAGGCAAGCAAAGAGCCAGGACAGCAGAGGGUGAAACGGUGGGGAUUUGGCAUGGAUGAAGCUUUGAAAGACCCUGUGGGAAGAGAGCAGUUUCUGAAAUUCUUGGAGUCAGAAUUCAGUUCAGAAAAUUUAAGGUUCUGGUUAGCAGUAGAAGACCUGAAGAAGAGGCCAAUCCGUGAAGUUCCUGCUCGCGUCCAAGAAAUCUGGCAAGAAUUUCUUGCUCCAGGUGCACCCAGCGCCAUCAACCUAGAUUCAAAAAGUUAUGACAAAACCACUCAGAAUGUGAAGGAACCUGGAAGAUACACGUUUGAAGACGCUCAGGAGCACAUUUACAAACUGAUGAAAAGUGAUUCUUAUCCUCGUUUUAUACGAUCCAGUGCCUACCAGGAGCUGCUACAGGCCAAGAAAAAGUUGGAAAACACUCUGGAUCGUCGAACAUCUUUUGAGAAAUUCACACGCAAUGUGGUAAGUUUGUUGCCUCGGAAGACUAGUAAGCCUGAUGGGACAUCCUUCUUCCCUUCCCCUCACUGAUCCCUACUUUCCCUUUUGCUUCUCUAACUUGGUGGUUAAAAGUGUAUUCAUCACAGCUUGUGAAUUUUCCUGGGAAUGACAGCUUUAUAAUGUGCUUUCAUUACAACCCCUCCUCCCUAGUCCCUUUCCCACUGAUCUCAGUAGUCACCCAUGGAGGAAUGGACCUUUGGGAGCCAUGCUUUUUGCAUUAGGAAGCAUGAAAUUAGUCACUUUUUCCCCCCUAUAAUUUUAGUAAAAAAUCUGUGAAAAACAUGCUUGAUGUUGUUUCUUUUUCUGGUGCCUUCAAAAAUACUAAGUCUAAAACGCUUGAAUACAUUGGAUUUCCAUUCUGUCUUCUUUUAAUUUUACUAAAAAAGACUUUGUCCCCAUUUUUUCAAUUGGGCACAGGGAAAAAAACCAAUAAUAAUUUUCCCAUCUUCCUUAAUGUCUAACAGCUUCUACAGGACCAAAGAAUUCAUGCUGUUUAUGUGCAAGGGUUUGAUUUGGAUUCAUUUUCAUAAUGGACUAAAAGAACUGAUUUUUUUUCUUUUCAAUGUAUAACUUUCAAAAGCUAUUUCUCAAAGGCAAAAAAAAUUAAGGCUGGUAGAUUUUGUCUGAGGAUUCUUUUGCCACCUGCCAGAAGAUCCACUGAUUUCGUGAUACUUGGGAUUCUUUUUACUUAUCCAUUUUCUUUGGGAUUAUUUUUUUUUCCUUUUACAUUGUGAAAGCUCCAACUAAAGAAUUCAACGCAUUUA